AUGGCUGGUCUUCAUGCCUGUCUACAUGGCAGGUAUAGCCUCACGUUUGCUGUUAUUCUGGUAAUCGAAUCCAUUCUUGGUCAUGCCCAUGUGGUUCGAAAUGCAGCGGAAUACAGUGGUCGGCAACGCACGAGCAUCGAUCGUGGAUGGCGAUUUAUGCGGUUUCCCACCAACCCCGAUGGGCUGCUCUAUGAUCAACGACCGGACACGGCCAAUGUGACUGACCCGGUCAUACUGAAGCCAUGGGUGCUGCCGUCUGGAAACCAGUUUAUCAAAGAUCCUGCCAACCGUCACCAGCGUCCUGAUGGUAACGCCAGAGGCAGUGUUCCAUUUGUGCAAGAGACAUUUGACGAUGGUGCCUGGUCUCAAGUUGACCUGCCUCAUGAUUGGGCUAUUGCUGGUCCGUUCUAUACGGAUGAUGACCCCCUGGUUCCCGGAAACAUGGGAAGGCUCCCGGUAUUUGGGGUUGGCUGGUAUCGCAAGAAGCUAUCGAUAUCUCAGAACGAUGUGGGCAAGACAUUUUACCUGGACAUUGACGGAGCACAAUCCUACGCCAUUGUCUGGCUCAAUGGGCAGAUUGUUGGUGGCUGGCCCUACGGAUAUGCCUCAUUCCGUCUAGAUCUCACGCCGUAUGUAAAGGCUGGGGAGAACCAGCUCGCUAUUCGACUUGACAAUCCGAACGAAUCAUCGCGGUGGUAUCCAGGUGGAGGCAUCUAUAGAAAUGUUUGGCUCACAGCCGUCGAAUCCACACACGUGGCGCAAUAUGGCACUUUCAUCACAUCCCGGGAUGUGUCAAUGCAAUCAGCGACCCUCGACUUGACAUUGGAGGUGCAGAAUACCGGCAAGGAAAGUAGCCAUGUAGAGGUUAUUACCAAAAUUUACCAGGUCAGCGCAAAGACCAGCAGCUUGGAAGAAAAGGUAGCCGAGUUUCCUACUUCAAAAAUACGAGUUGAUUCCGGUGGAACAGAGUCGGUCAAUGUAACCACUUCCAUUAGUCGGCCGCAGCUUUGGGGACCACCUCCCACGCAGACGCCCAACUUGUAUGUUGCUGUCACGCAACUCGUCACAAACGGGCAAGUCGUCGAUACAUAUGAGACUCGUUUCGGCAUCCGGACAUUCGAGUAUAGCGGCGACAAGGGGCUUUUGGUCAAUGGAGAGCAUGUCCCUGUGCAGGGGACCGACCAGCAUCAUGAUCUUGGAGCUUUGGGAGCCGCCUACAACCAUCGCGCCGCUCAGCGCCAUCUUGAGAUCCUCCAGAGCGUCGGUUCAAACGCAAUCCGCAUGUCGCAUAACCCGCCAGCGCCAGACCUCCUGGACCUGUCUGACGAAAUGGGAUUCCUGGUCUUGGAUGAGAUUUUCGAUUGCUGGGAGCUUGGCAAAGUCACAAACGACUUUCAUCUCAUCUUCCCCGACUGGCAUGAGGCAGAUCUGCGGUCCUUUAUCCGGCGUGAUCGCAACCAUCCGUCUGUCUUCAGUUGGAGCUUUGGCAAUGAAGUUGGUGAACAGCAAACAGGCCAGAACGGUGCAGACUUGGCUCAGGCACUCAUCGAUAUUGUGCACCAGGAGGACUCGACGCGCCUAGCCACGACAGCCAUGAACUCGGCCAAGCCCAACCAGCCAUUUGCCGCGGUACCAGACAUCAUCAGCCUCAACUACCAAGGGGAGGGCAUCCGCGAUACUGCCGACUACUCUCAGUUGGCAGGCAUUGCGACGCCUCCUUUAUUCCCAGCGUUUCAUGGAAACUUUUCUUCCAAAAUGCUGCAGCACAGUGAGAGCGCAUCUGCCCUAAGCUCGCGAGGCGUCUUCAUCUUUCCAGUCCUAGAACAAGGCGACAGUGCCCCUGUGAACGACUCGUCUGGCGGGGAUUCCACCAUUUUUCAGGUCAGUGCCUAUGAGCUGUACAGCGCCGAUUUCGGAUCAUCUGCAGACAAGGCCUUUAGAUCCCUCGAUGAGAAUCUGUAUGUCGCGGGAGAGUUUGUGUGGACCGGCUGGGACUAUCUCGGCGAGCCCACGCCAUACAACGUCCGCAGCUCCUACUCGGGCAUGAUAGACUUGGCAGGAUUUCCGAAAGAGCGCUUCCAUCUCUAUCAGUCGCGCUGGAAGCCGGACCUGGCCAUGGCCCAUAUUCUCCCUCACUGGAACUGGCCAGACCGCGUGGGCAAAGUGACUCCUGUUCACGUCUUCUCCUCUGGCGACGAGGCCGAACUCUUCAUCAAUGGAAGAUCCCAAGGGCGCCAGAAGAAGGAGGAUCUCACGUAUCGUUUCCGAUGGGACCAUGUCACUUAUCAGCCCGGCGAGGUGCAUGUAGUUGCUUACAAGAAUGGCCGGCAGUGGGCAAGAGAUACGGUGCGAACGACUGGAGAGCCGGCAGCGCUGCGCUUGCAAGCUGAUCGCUCUGUAAUCAGUGCCGACGGCGUCGAUUUGGCAUUCAUCAGCGCACAAGUCGUUGACAGCAGGGGAGAUGUAGUUCCUCAGGCGACCAACAGUAUCCAAUUCAGCGUCAGCGGAGCCGGACAGCUUGUUGCUACUGAUAAUGGCAACGCCUCUGACUAUACGUCGUUCCCGUCAGCAGAACGACGGGCAUUCAGUGGACGAGCCCUGGCUAUUGUAAAGGGGAAGACUAACAAAAAGGGCGAGGCGGUUGUCAAGGCCACUGCCAAGGGGUUGAAGUCUGAUGAAGUGAUAGUCCGUACUGGAUAG